AUGGGGUUCACAGCUUCAUUAUCAGACACCAGUUUAUUCACAAAGAAGGAUGAUAAUGAUAUUGUGAUUUUAUUACUCUAUGUCAAUGACAUUAUCCUUACAUGUUCCAACACUUCAAAGAUCUCAAAGAUCAAUGCAGCAAUACAAGAAUUGUCUGAAGUAUUUGAUUUGAAAGAUCUUGGAAGACUUACAUUCUUUCUCGGGCUACAGAUUCACUAUAGGGAUAAUGAAGAUAUCUUUGUGAAUCAAACAAAGUAUAUCAAGGAUCUUAUACACAAAGCAGGUUUGAAGUCAUGUAAACCUACAACAACUCCCUACAAACCUCAUAAUUCGAUGCUUGUGACGGAAGGCAAACCAUUGGUUGAUCCUAGUAUCUACAGAAGUAUUGUGGGGUCUCUACAAUAUUUGACAUUCACAAGGCCAGACAUAGCCUUUGCAGUGAAUUCGGUAUGUCAAUUCAUGACUUCACCAACUGAUGAUCAUUUAACAGCAGUGAAACGCAUUCUGAGAUACUUGCAAGGUACAAUUGAAGCUGGUAUUUGCUAUUCUGCAAUUGCAGCAGUAAGCUUAAAUGCGUUUUCAGAUGCAGAUCUUAAUACCACACGAUCAGUGACAGGUUAUGUAGUUUUCGUUGGAAAUAAUCUUAUUUCUUGGCAGUCAAAGAAACCAAAUUCAGUUUCCAGAAGCUCCAUAGAAGCUGAGUACAAAGCAUUAGCUCAUACAGCUGUAGAUAUUACAUGGGUGAGAUAUAAUUUAAAGGAUUUGAAUGUUUUUCUUCCUCAUCCACCUGUGAUCAGUUGUGAUAACAUGUCUGGGAUAUCAUUAAGUGCCAAUCUUGUAUUUCAUUCGAGGAUCAAACAUUUGGACACAUAUUAUCAUUUUGUUCGAGAAAAAGUACAACAAAGUGAUCUGGAGGUGGUGUAUAUUCCUACAAAUGAUCAAACCGCUAAUAUUUUAACAAAGGGAUUGCACAGUCCUACGUUUGUUAAGCAUUGUUACAAUCUGUAA